UCCGUUGUUGUCCUGCAACACGUUUGACUCUCCAUCUCACAAUUUUGAAUCUUAUUUUGUUUUCAACCAUGGUUUAAUCAUUUGUUCUCUCUAAAUCCAGUUUCAUGGUUUCUCACUGUCAUAAAUCCACAUCACUGCAUUUCUCCAUUAUUUUGUUCAUGAUCCCUUACGUUUAAUCCGUCAUUUCUCAUUUUUCAAACCAUUUUUAAUUCAAAAAAAAAGGACAAAUCUGAGCCCUGCGUAGCCUGAAGCUGAAGGCUUCUCGCUGGACAGGACACUAAGAGGGCCAAACAAUGGAAUGCUCUCUCCUGCCUACACUGCUCAGCACUCCACAAACUGAGGUUAAACGGCUUAGUUAGCAGUGUGCCUCUCCCCCAAGAACUCUUUCUGCCUGGGGAAGUCGGGAGAAAGAAAAGCGAAAGAAGGAGAAUUACUCCAGAAGCACCUUACUCCAGUUUUUUCUAGCCGUUUCUUUUGGAUUUGUUUGUGCUCGGAAAUAAAGCCAAGAUGGAACUGGAAUCGUACCUGUGGAUGGUCGUGAUUGGUUUCAUUAUCGCUUUCAUCCUGGCCUUUUCGGUGGGGGCCAAUGACGUGGCGAACUCGUUUGGCACGGCCGUGGGCUCAGGGGUGGUGACGUUGCGUCAGGCCUGCAUCCUGGCUUCCAUAUUCGAGACGCUGGGCUCCAUUCUCCUCGGUGCCAAGGUCGGGGAAACCAUACGGAAGGGAAUUAUAGAUGUCAGUUUGUACAACGACACCGUGCCAGUUCUGAUGGCGGGAGAGGUCAGCGCCAUGGUUGGGUCUGCGGUUUGGCAGCUCAUUGCCUCCUUUCUGAAGUUGCCCAUUUCUGGAACUCAUUGCAUUGUGGGAUCUACGAUUGGCUUCUCAAUGGUUGCUAUUGGCACUAGGGGAGUACAGUGGAUGCAGCUGGUUAAAAUUGUUGCGUCGUGGUUCAUCUCCCCUCUGCUGUCUGGUCUUAUGUCUGGCCUGCUCUUCUUCCUCAUCAGAUAUUUCAUUCUCAGCAAGGAUGACCCUGUUCCCAAUGGUCUUCGUGCUUUGCCCCUCUUCUAUGCCUCAACCAUCGGGAUCAACACCUUCUCCAUCAUGUACACUGGAGCUCCCCUACUGGGCUUGGAGAUGCUCCCCGUCUGGUCUAUUGCCCUCAUUACGUUGGCUGGAGCGCUGGUAUGUGCCGGUGUGGUCUGGAUUUUUGUUUGCCCCUGGAUGAGAAGGAAAAUAGCAAGUCGUCUGAAGAAAGAGCAUGCUUUGUCCCGCAUCUCUGAUGAGAGUUUAGAUAAAAUCCCAGAGGAGGAAGAAGAGGCUCCAGUUUUUAAAGAGCUUCCAGGUGCCAAAAGCAACAAUGAUGCUGUUAUACCCCUGACCGAAGAGUCCACAGGGGAGCUCAACAGUCUGGCUAAUGGAGGAACUGUUCUGCCCAAUGGCAGGGUGUAUGGUCGGACCAACUCCAUGACCAACGGCUGUCUCAAGUCACCUGUGUCCAAUGGGGGCUUCAGUUUUGACGGCCACAUGCGCAGUGAUGGCCAGGUCUACCACACCGUCCACAAAGACUCUGGUCUCUACAAGGACCUCCUACACAAGAUCCACUUGGGCCGCCUAGAGGACGAACGCAGCAGUUCACGUCCCGACAAUAGCUACCGGCACCUCCGCCGCAACAACAGCUACACGUGCUACACGGCCGCCAUCUGUGGGAUGCCGGUGCAGCCUCUGAUGCGGUCAGAGUCCAGCGCCCCUCCACCAGAGGACAGUGAGAAGCUAGUGGGCGACACAGUGUUCUAUUCAAAGAAGAGGCUGCGUUACGAUAGCUACUCCAGCUACUGUAACGCAGUUGCCGAGGCAGAGAUUGAGGCGGAGGAGGGCGAUGUGGAUGUGAAUAUCGCAGCAGAUAAAAGGGAGCUCCGGGUCCCUGCUGAAGGCCCAUUGGAGGAUUGCGUUGAUGAGGAUAAAGAGGAGAAGGACAAGCAUCAGGUCUUCCUGCUCUUCCACUUUCUGCAGAUCCUCACUGCCUGUUUUGGAUCCUUUGCGCAUGGUGGGAAUGAUGUCAGUAAUGCCAUCGGUCCUUUGGUGGCCCUGUGGAUGAUUUACUCUCAGGGUGGGGUGAUGCAGGACGCAGCCACACCCAUCUGGCUGCUGUUCUACGGUGGCGUAGGUAUCUGCACUGGAUUGUGGGUUUGGGGACGACGUGUCAUUCAAACGAUGGGCAAGGACCUCACGCCCAUCACUCCCUCCAGUGGAUUCACUAUCGAGUUGGCCUCAGCGGUCACUGUUGUUUUGGCAUCUAAUAUUGGACUUCCAAUCAGUACCACACACUGCAAGGUGGGCUCAGUGGUGGCGGUGGGCUGGAUCCGCUCCAGGAAGGCUGUGGACUGGCGGCUCUUCCGGAACAUCUUUCUGGCCUGGUUCGUCACUGUCCCCAUAGCCGGCCUCUUCAGCGCUGCUGUCAUGGCCCUGUUCGUCUACGGCAUACUGCCUUACGUCUGAGAUGCAGAUCGGUGAGGGAGGUUUUAGGAAUGUAAAGAGAGAAUAUUAAAUAUCAAGAUAUAAGGGGACAGCCAGAGGGUGGGGAGAGUCUUCAAAUGCUGCCUGGAAAAGCAUCCAGAAUCCGUUGAUUUAAAAAUCCUUAAUCUUGUCAAGAGUAUUUAUUUCCGUUUUAUUUGUUUUUAUUGUUUUGUUGAAACGUUAUCAUGACAUCGAGAUCAGUCGCUAUGAAGUGAUACUUUUCAAAGUUCCAAAAAUGGUUCUCAUGUAUCUGUGGUUGCAGGUAAAGAACUGAUGUGCACAUACAAAUACAUUAAACGUACAUUGUGGUUUUAACUGUUAUAUUUGCCAAUCUCACACUAAAAACAACUACGUAAAGAAUGGGAUUAGAGAAUUCGUUUUAUGGCACAAUUGAUAUCGGCACAAAGUGUUUUGUCACAUGCAAUGUUGUUUUGAAAUAUGCCAAAUGUGGUGUGAACUAUAGCUGCACGUCCUAUUUGGAAAACUUGUAAGUAAAUUUGAUGUUAGCAGUGACGCUGAAAGACCUCCUGCUGUCCAAAACAUAUGUGAGCACUGCUUUUCUAAACUCUGUGCAGCUGGUAACAUACCUCAGCCAACACUGAAAGACUAGCUCAGUAACAAAACCAAACUGUGCUCAUGAUAAAUACAAAUAUAUUCUAAGCCUUAAAACGACAGGUUUGAAGAAAAGCAGAAUCAUAUUUAUAUUUAUGUACGCUAUCAUUUCUACUGUGUGUAUAUUAUAUUCAGCUUUGGAUUUUAGAGUUUUGGGUUGUCUUGUAUUGUUACAUUUGAGAAGAUUUUAGACCAGAUUUGGUAGAAACGAUCAAAAAUUUGAAAAUGAUUUCAGUACAACUAAUAUCCUGUCCUCUCAUAUCAAAUAUAAUCACAAAAAAGACGAGCCAUUUUCCAAAAUCUUAAAGAAAUAUAUCUGACAAACAAAUGAGAUAAUGCCAAUUACAUGUAUUAUUAUCCUAAAUGGUCAUAUCAGCCGUAUUUUUCGAUUUUCAGCCCACUUUUAUUAAUUGAGCUCUUUGUAUCGGUACAUAUCGAAAGGCGAAUUUGAACGCUUUUAUUUUGUUCCCCUAAUGGAGACAUCAUAGCCAAAGAUUCAGAAGAUCUUCAUGUUGAAUUGCCAUGAUCUUUGACAGCGUUCGAUUAUUACAAACCAUAUCCAAACAAAUAAGUGAACCACAUUAAGUACAUUAUAUAAAAGGUUGCCAGAGUGUUCAGUCUAGUCAUAGUAGAACAUUAAUAAAGCCCUACAGAUAAUGCCAAUAUAUUACAUACUGUACUGUACAGUAUACUAUACGUGCCGGAACAGCCAAAAUACCCUAAAUGGAAUUUAGGGUGAACCCAUAAAUCCAGCACACACACGUGCAUACAUAUACACAAACUUACCAAUUGCGUUCACAUACAUGAUUUUUGGAGAGGCAGUGUUUGGAGUCUGGCUAUUGGUGAAUCAUAUCAGUAUCCAGCUACUUGAUUCAACCUCACUGAUGAAUCCACAGGUUUAUCAGAAGAGGAAUUUGUAUAUCAGGUCAACAAAUGAUUCAGCUGAGAUAAGAUAUAUAGAUUGAUAUGAGCGACACCACAAUGAGGCCAAAAACAACAUGAGUCCAGAAUGUGGAAUUUGCAUUUGACCAUGCUAUCAUGUGGUCUUAAAUGUCGAUGUAAUGAAAACUCUUUGACAUCCCACUGUAAUCUGCCUCAAAAUAGUCACCAGAUUUGGAAAGUGUACAAAUGUGUGGCUUUGAACCAAUGCAAAGUGUUGCUGUUUUUUUGUGUGUAUCAUAAUAUUUUUCAUCAAGAACAAAUCUAUGAUUAAAUGGCCAUUUGCCUUGUAAUGUUGUGCUUUACUGUUUGUUGGAUACAGUAACUUCAGUACUGUGGUGUUUACAUUGUAAUCAUAUUGUAGUAUAACUCAUUGCAGUUGCCUAAAAAUGCCAAUCUAAGACUAACUAUUAAUCACGGAUUAAAUAUGACAUAACCAGGCGUUGUGCAAGGUGUUUCAUGUCAUUUUGUGUUUUGGCGGCGCGAAUCAUGAAACCCAUGUUACUUUACGCCGCUACGUGUAGUCACAACUGUACAUGGUGGAUAUGAUUAAAAUAUUAAUAAAAAAGAAAAUGAAUAGAUAUAUAAAUUUCAUUAAGCUAUAUUUUUCUACAUAUAUGAGUUCAAACUGGGUGGUGACUUGCGUUGGGUGAAUUGGGCUUAGAAAGGUCAUUAGUGGUGUUCGUUUGGUAACGCCGAUUACGGGAACGUUCAGCGCUGAAUACCACUGAACGUUUCUCAAAGAUGCGGAUUUAAUCGUACAAGAGCAGUUCGUGCAGGGGUUUGAUAAUUCUUGUGGAUGGGUUCCAUAUCCAUUUGUUUUUCUUGCCCAGGGAAGUCUCGCCCGUGUGUGAGAGAGCGUGGUUGCGAGUUGUACAAAUUCAACAAUUUUUCAUGAUUAUUUUUGAAAAGGCUGAAUAACUUUGUAAUUUUGUUUCCCUGAAAUGCAAUAUUGAGCUGACAGACCGUGGUCAAUCGGCCCGACACCAGCAGUGGCGAUUACCAGUGUUACGAUAGGAAGGGGCACAGCAAGAUCCACCAAAGGAUCUCUCACUAACAUGCAUCUAAUAUUCUGCAUCAAGCUGGCAAUAUAAUCUGCCUUCCUGCUAUGAUGGUUUGUUUUAAAAUGGCUCAUAACGCAGUGUAUGUAGCAAAAUCCUUCACAUGGCAGUUUAACAGCUGCGGUAGUUUGGCUACUGAGUAAGCAUUAAGCUAGUAGAAAAAAAUCACAUUUGAAGAAGGGCAUGUUGAACAAUGAUGUGCUACAUCAAAACAUUGUGGCUCCUUUACCAAAACGUCAAAAAGAAAAUACAUCAGUACGCAAGAUUUGACUUCAUGAAAGCAUCCAUAGUUGUGUUGUUAGGAGGUUUCAUAACUGUUAUUGGCAGCCUAGCUACAUUCUCCCUAAGUGUGCUAGUAGAAUUUCUUAGUUUCCACGUUGUUAAAAAUAGGAUGUAGCCCAAUCCUCUGCUGGCCCGCUGAUUGCCUGCUGCGUGCUGUCUCUGUUGCCAUGAUGUGAAUACUAUGCUGUCAACUGUCUUGAACCAUCUAAAGACAGGGCUUUAGACUUAACAAACCCCUCCCCCUUAUCUGCAUAUGUACUGUAUUGCUGUUUUCUUUCUUUUUGGCACUUUUGUUGUGGAAGUUGUCUGCAUUAUAACUAAUUCAAUUAUGGGAAUUAAAAUGACAAAGAAUAACAACC